GCCACCGCCGGGCCCCGCCGCCUCCCGAGCGCGGCGCCCGGUGGGCACCGGCGCCCCGGCCACGCCACGCCCACGCGUGGCGGAGGGGUUUAAAGGCUCCACCUUGGCGGUGGAGCGGGAGGUGUCCGUGUGGUCGGUGCUUCCCCCCCCCCCCCCCCCCCCCGCGGGGCCGUCCGUGGGUGCGUGUGACCGCGAAGCGCCGCCCGCUGAGGGGGUUUGGUCGCCCCACGCCUGCCGACACCCACUCACCCACCGCGGCUGCGGCGCGACACGGUAAAGCGGUGCGUGGCCGGAGGUAGCGCUGGGCUCCCGGUCGGCCUCGAGUGGCCGGUUGCGUGAUACUGCGAGUGGGGAAGUGCCUUGUCGCCUUGUGAAAGAGGUACAAAAUGGCUUACAGUGUGACUCUGAAUGGACCUGGACCGUGGGGUUUCCGACUGCAGGGGGGCAAGGACUUCAACAUGCCUUUGACCAUCUCCAGAAUCACCCCUGGCAGCAAGGCAGCACAGUCACAGAUGAACCAAGGGGACCUUGUGGUAGCCAUCGAUGGAGUCAACACUGACAGCAUGACCCACUUAGAGGCCCAGAACAAGAUCAAGUCAGCCAGCCACAACUUGAGCCUCACUCUUCAGAAAUCUAAACGUCCAGUGCCAGUUUCAACCACAGCACCCAGAAUUGACUCUCCCAGGGCUGUAAUUCCCCACCAGAAGGUCAUAACCAACACCGCUGCCAACACGGAGUUCACGGAGCGUUUCAACCCCAACGUCCUGAAGGACUCUGCCCUGUCUACACACAAACCCAUCGAGGUGAAAGGCCUGGGCGGCAAGGCUACCAUCAUUCACGCCCAGUAUAACACCCCGAUCAGCAUGUAUUCCCAAGAUGCUAUCAUGGAUGCAAUUGCAGGCCAGGCACAAGCCCAGGGUGGAGAAUUUGCUAGUACCCUGCCUAUUAAAGAUCCCCACAUAGACAGUGCCUCUCCGGUGUAUCAGGCUGUGCUUAAAACUCAGAACAAGCCUGAAGAUGAAACUGAAGACUGGAGUCGCCGUUCUGCCAAUCUGCAGUCUAAGUCUUUUCGCAUCCUUGCUCAGAUGACUGGAACGGAGUACAUGCAAGAUCCAGAUGAAGAAGCCCUGAGGAGGUCAAGAAACAAGGAAAAUUUUGCAGCAGCAUCAGAAAACAGUACCCCUGUUGAGCAUGCUCCGGUGUCUACCAGUUCUGCCUCUGCUCCUGCUCCACUUGCUUCAGCACAUCAGCCUGCUACUGCUGCUCAAAAUACAGCCAGUCUGAUGACGCCACCAGCAACCACCUCAGUAGUGCAAGAGUCUUUCUCGGCCUCCUUCCAAAGAGUGCUUGCAGCCCCCCGCUCUCUUUCACAGCCUAAGACUUCCCAUGGGUCCAAGAACAUGUCAUUAGCAGCUUCCACUAUUUCAUCUGCUAUCUCAUCUCAGUCUAGUUUCAACCGGCAUUCUUCCACCUCCAUCAGCUACCAGUCAAAGAGAAACACAAGCCAGUCAUAUACACCAACGCCAGUUUCUGGAACCUACGGUGAAAGUCCUGCUGCUUCUGCUACUUCAAAACCCAGAGUUGUUACUACUGCCAGCAUAAAGCCCUCUGUCUACCAGCCAGCACCAGCACCAGUUCAUUCCUACACCCCUGCCAACGCUGAGCCUGCAAGUCGCCCUCCCUGGGUAACAGAUGACGCCUUUUCCCAGAAAUUUGCACCCGGAAAAACCACCACCACUGUCACAAAGCACAUUCUACCAAGGGGUGCUCCAGUACCAUCUCCUGCCUCCACUUCUGCUUACCCGUCUCCAGUGUCAGCUUCUUCCCAGGCUCCUGCAAUAGCUCGCGGAACAGUUCAGAGGGCUGAGCGUUUUCCAGCCAGCAGCCGAACUCCUCUCUGUGGGCACUGUAACAGCAUAAUUCGGGGUCCUUUCCUGGUGGCCAUGGGUCGCUCUUGGCACCCAGAAGAAUUCAACUGUGCUUACUGCAAGACGUCCUUGGCUGAUAUGUGCUUUGUGGAAGAGCAGAAUAGUGUGUACUGUGAGCGCUGUUAUGAACAGUUCUUUGCACCAACCUGUGCCAGAUGCCACACAAAGAUCAUGGGGGAAGUGAUGCAUGCCCUAAAACAGACUUGGCACACAAGUUGCUUUGUCUGUGCUGCUUGUAAGAUGCCAUUUGGGAAUAGCCUCUUUCACAUGGAGGAUGGGGAACCUUACUGUGAGAAAGAUUAUAUUGCUUUGUUCAGCACAAAAUGCCAUGGCUGUGAUUUUCCUGUGGAAGCUGGAGAUAAAUUCAUCGAAGCUCUUGGACACACUUGGCAUGAUACCUGCUUCAUUUGCGCUGUAUGCCAUGUGAAUUUGGAAGGUCAGCCAUUCUACUCCAAGAAGGAUAAGCCACUGUGCAAGAAGCACGCUCAUGCCAUCAAUGUUUAAAAGAAGAGUUGGUAGUCAGUAACGCUGGGGAAAACAGAUAACUGAUGGGCAAUUAUAAUGUUGAAAACCACGGCUAGCAUUUCUUUUGGUAAAAGCUAGGAAGUUGAUGCUUCUGAAAUUUAACUUUAACCUCUUUCGUAAAUGCAGAACAUGCUUUUGCAAGGUUCCUACAAAACCUACUGAAUGAACAGUCAAAACCAAACAAACUAGUCCAUUAUUAGAGUAACGGUUGGGGAAAAUAUUGACAUUAACUAAAAACUGUAAUAUAAAAAGUAAUGCACAAAUACAGUUUCAAAUAACUACCCACAGCAGUUUUACUGCUGAGACCACACACUAGUGUUUAAGAACAACUGGAAAAGUCCUUUUGUAAUGUCAUUUUCUUUCAUAACAAGAAUGAAUAAGUGCCACAUGUACAAUAAUCUGUAGAACCAAGGGCCAUAGCUUUCAAAGGGAAAUAAAUAGAUUAGGGUUUCCCCUAUGAAAAGUGAGUGCUAUUCCAUUAUGCUGUGGUGCUACCUCAUAGCAUCACAUAUUUUAGAUUCUUUCCAAAUAAGAAGUCUGCCUCAAAUCCAUAUGUAGCUGGGAAGCCUAGGAGACAAUCCACAACUUAGUUUGAAAAUAAAGUGGAAACAGAAUUAACUCCUUCCAUAACCCAGUAAGACUGAGAAAAGCAUGUUGGGUCAACCUUGCUAGUGCACUUGGCUUAUACAUGCACAGUAGGUUAGUUCAUUUUCAAAUCAUAAUGGAAAAGGACAACUGGCUUUCUCCAAAUUGCUCUUACAUUGAAUGGAAUAGAGCUGGCUGGACAGCCCAGCUUUUAAUUCCAAACCAGUUUUCCUUUCCUCUUGUGAAAAAAAGAUACUCAAAGUUGCUUUGGUUUCUAAUUCCCAUUGAUAUCGAUGGGAGGUAGGAAUCUACAGCUGGACCUUCACAUUGAUGAACACAGAAGACACACAUCCAUCUAGCACAGCUAGGAGGUGAGAGAUAGCUUGCAAAAGUUCCCUGCUCUAUGCCACAUAUUUAGGAAAACAGCAUCUCUUUAUUUUUUCCCAUAAUAAAUUAGCAUGGAUUAAGAAUUCAAAAGGCAGCAUCACACCGCAGGCACAUACUCUUUAUUACUUUUGCUAGUUUAAAUGCAACACCUCCUGAACUGUAGUAUUAUUUGCCAUUGUAAAACAGCAGAUAGGCUCUGACAAUUAGGAUAACCACAGAGUCACCUUUUCUAAUAUUUUAAGAACAACUUUCAAGUUGUUCAAACAGUUAUUUAAAAACCUUUUUUUUUUUCAAAAGAGCAAUACUUGUAGUAUUGAUAAUAUUUUUGAAUUUUUAAUUUUAAAUAUCAAUGACUUUUGUAUUGGAGUCAGCACUUCUGUCUGACAGAAAAUAGAGUUAAAAUGGAAAGUCUGAUCACUAUUCAAGUUUUAUUAAUUUGUUUAAGUGAGGAUUAUGAUGCGUGUGUUGACAGCUUGCAGUACUGACAGUUUUGAAUUAGUAUUUCUGAGGCUGAGGAUGCAUUCUGCGGCCCACAUUCUGGUGCCAUCUACUCCCUGUUUUACCUUAUGUUUCUCAAAACACUGAGAAUGACGUAGCAUUGUCUGCCUUUUCCCUCCUAUGGGUAAUGCCCAUUUUAAGAAAAUGGGUGUGUCUUUUCAGGGAUGAAAAACUAUCCAAAGCUUGGGGGAGGAAUGAGAGAAAUUUGGAGUUCUAAUAUGAGAGCUAAGUUAGCUGCAGGCAGUCCGCAUCUUGGACAAAAAUAACCUGAACUGCCUGUGGCAGUUUUGACAUGUAUGACCUGAAUUUAUUCAGUAGGCAUCUUAGUUCUCACUGAUCUUAGCAGUGAUCUGAUCUGAGUGCUACAGGCUCAGAUUUUUGUGUGCAUGAAUUAUUCUAAAACACUAGUACAUUACAUGCAAAGCCUUUUUUUUUUCCUAUAGCAAACAAAUCUUCUGUUUUCAGUUGGUGCUGUGCUGGUGUGAAUAUGGUUCCACUGAUAACAAAAUCCAAAGAUCUGGCUCAUAAUAUUCUCUAGAGGAAUAAAUUGUAAUCAUGGAAGUUAAAUUUCUUUUCACUCAUAUUUGACUUCAUUAAAUACCUUUUCAUAACAGUGAGACAAUUCUACAUUUCUUUUUAAUUUUUUUAAUGACAUUGAACAAAAUGGUGUUUAUUAUUCUCUGUUAUUUAAGAGAAUUCAUAUCAGCAUAUUAUAUACUAAGACUGCGUUGACGAUAUUCUUUAGGAAGAUUUCUGUGUUACCCACUGACUGGGACUAGUCUCUUACUACCAACAUCAGAAUGGGGAGUCAGACUCCUUGGGAGGAUGCAGAAUGCUAGGGCUUGUGAUGCCUCAGGAGAAUUUGACGAGGUCUUUCUUCUCUAAUCAGUGUGGGUGUGGGUGUGUGUGUAUUUGUGUGUCUCCCUCUCUGCCUUCCCCCUCAAUGUCCCUAAAAGCUCCCUCUUCACUGGUGGUGUGAGGAUAAAGCAUUUUAGGAGCUGGUCAGAGAUGGAGGGCUGCAGCUUAGGCAGGGGUACAGUCUGUGCAGAGAUGAUGGUAGGCAGCAUGGCUGGGGGUCUCUUCCCAUUCCCGGGGAGCCCAGAGUGCCAACUGAAGUGGCCCAGGUCAGCCUGCGAGUUGCUGGGGUGGACAGGGGCAUGGGAGAGGGGGUCUCUGUGGGCAGGGGAAGGGAGGGUUGGAUCAG